AUGGGCGAGAAAGCUAUGUUAAGGAUGUUCCAGAGAAUGAUGUUGGUGUUGAGGAACUUCCAAUGGCGGAGGACAAAUCAAUGGAGGGGGAGAGAGAGAAACACAUCUCUCAAACAGAAACCAUAAUCAGAAGAAGAAAAAAAGUUAGGAACAGGAGGUAACGAAAGCAGAAUAAUCGGCGGCAAGGUUUUUUUUUGUUGUAAUCGCCGGUUUCGUUCGCUGGGCUGUGAUUAUCUAGAAAACACGGAAAGAGGAACAUUGCAGAUGAAGCUGUCGGGGUUUGGCUGCUGUUUCUGAGACUGGAAAAAGCGACGAAGAAUAUUUGUCAGUUGCAAUUCCUAACGUUACCGCCAUGACGUCUCAGAAUCCUGAACGGAAAAGGAUCUAUCAAGUAUGGCCCGGCAAAAAUAAAUUUUACUGUGGGGGAAGACUAGUGUUUGGUCCGGAUGCAUCUUCGCUUCUUUUGACCAUAUGUAUGAUAGGAGGGCCAGCUAUCACUUUCUGCAUCAGGAUGGCUUUUUUGAUCCAAGAUCAUCACCCUUUGUUUCAUUUUGUUGUUUUGAUUGGUGCAAUUCUUCUCACAUUCAUGGCUUUCACAUUUCUCUUCUUGACAUCAUCGAGAGACCCUGGGAUUAUCCCCAGGAACAAAGAAGUGCCUGAGGCAGAGAUUCCUGAUGUUACCACCCAAUCGACAGAAUGGGUCAGUAACAAACUAGGAAGUGUGAAAGUACCUCGGACGAAAGAUGUAAUGGUGAAUAGCUUUACCGUCAAAGUGAAAUUCUGUGAUACCUGUCAGCUAUACCGUCCUCCUCGCGCCUUUCACUGCUCAAUCUGCAACAACUGUGUCCAAAGGUUUGAUCAUCACUGUCCAUGGGUAGGUCAGUGCAUCGCCUUGCGUAACUAUCCAUUCUUCGUCUGUUUCUUAUCUUGUUCAACCCUCCUCUGCAUCUACGUCUUUGUCUUCUCGUGGGUCAGCAUGCUUAAAGUCCAUGGGGAAUUCUAUGUUGUCCUCGCUGAUGACUUAAUAUUAGGUGUUCUUGGUCUCUACUGCUUUGUUUCUAUCUGGUUUGUUGGUGGACUUUGUGUCUUCCACUUCUACCUAAUCUGCACCAACCAGACGACCUGCGAGAAUUUUCGGUACCAUUAUGACAAGAAGGAAAACCCUUACCGGAAGGGGAUCUUAGAGAACGUCAAGGAGCUGUUCUUUGCAAGGAUCCCACCACCUUUGAUCAAAUUCAGAGAUUGGGCGCCAGAAGAAGAAUACGAUGUGGAGGUCGGAUCCAUCUCCUCUGAGCUAAUGAGCAGUGGCAAGCCUGAUUCCAAAGCUGGAGUACGGUAAUAACCGUUGGCACGACUGUCUAGAAGAUGCCAGGUGUGGAUGAAGGCGUCACAGCGAUUGGAUUGGUUUACCAAGAACCAGCGAAUUUAAGGAGAAACUCGAGCGUGGAUGUGAGAUCAAGAUAGGACAAACAGGUGUAAAUUUACUUCUGUUAUUCAAAGCAAUGCAACUCUCUCUGUCUUUACUCGUCGAAAAGAUAUUUAUAACUUUUUCGCAUUAAGAAUAGGAAUUAGGAGGAUUGGUGUAUAUAGUGGUUUCUUGCGUUACGGGUAAAUUUAAAUUUGGUUUGUAUA